GGGACCAGUUGCAAAUAUAACCCAAGUUCACCAAAUGGCCAGGAGCUCCAGGCCUGGGAGAGAAGCUGGGGCUGCUGGCUCUGUGGGAGAGGGUAGACGUUCGGCACAAUCAGUCCUCGCACGGCCGUCUCACUUCGUGCUCCCUAGUGACCAGGGAAGCACAACAGAGGAGAAAUGGAGACCAGAAAUCCAGGCCUUGGCUACACUCCCGAGGAGCCUGAGGCACCCAGAUGUCCCAGGAGAGCUGCAAGGCUGAGCCCAGAGUCUUGUCCUCUCCAAGGCUCCUGGAGGAGGACAACCCAGAGCCCCCAUCCCAGCAACUACAGGCCACCAGUUCAGGGGGCAGCAAGUCCCUCGGCAACCUUGACCUCUCCAUUGGGCCCCUGGUGGCCCUGGAGUACCUGCCCUUCUUCCGCACCUAUGGGCAGCUCCUGGCUGAGGAGGAGUUGGCCCCACAGCCUGAGGUCUUCAGGGACCAAGGAGGAGACCAGAGUGUCAGAGAGGAAGACUUAGAGCUGCCAGUCGGCUUCUUCCCUUACUAUCGCUCCAAGGAGGAGAGUUUCCCCAGCCUGGCCCUCCCUGGCAGGUCAUGUGCAGGCUCCCGUGACCCUCCCGCCAGGAGAGAGGGGCUGGCCUGCUGCUGCUGCACGAUAACAAUCAUCGGCGACUGCUCUGCUCGCCCAGCAGACCUCACCUCCGGGCACUCUCACUCACCCACCCACUGCCCCAUCCUGAUGGUUUCAGCUGGGCCUUCCCGUGAUAGUGGCCUGGACGCUCCUCUCUCCAGCGACAUUGCCUUCAGGGCCCAGGCGCUUCAUGCUUCAGGAUUCGUGCCUUACUACAGAAGCCCCGAGGAGGGGCUGCACAUGAGCCCUGGGCCCCCCACCUCUCCACUCUGGGGCGAGGAGUCCACAGGAAAGCUGCUCAGGCCCAGGGCAGCCACACUGUGAGGAAGCAGGAGCUGGUGGUGCCAGGAACCACCAGCAAACAGCCCUCAGUACCUGAUGAUCAGCACGCAAGAGGGGAAGUGACUGGGGGCAAGGCUCCAGGGCUCAGCUUGUCCUGGGACUGGAGCUGGCCUGGGUCCGCAGCCCCCAGGUCUUCAUUUUCCCUUCUGGAGGGAGGCACUCAAGCCCAGGCUCUCCUGUUGGUCUCUAAAGAAUACCCUGCACCCUACUAGUGGGUGGCUUGACCCCGGGGUCUGAGUCAGCAGCAGAGAGCUCAGCCUGCAUCCCAUGUGCAGCCACAUCCCCAGGAAGUGACCCCACCACGCUGGCUGCUCCCACUCCUCUCUCCUAGCUGGAAAACCUGCCCAGUGGAGAGCACCUGUCCCAGGAGUGCCUCCACAAAGGGGAGGGAGCAGGGUUUGCCUGAACACUUGAGAGGUGCAGA